AUGUUUUUGGGUGGCAAGCAAGGGUUGAGCCCAGGGGGAGCCGCCACCAUUGCGUCCAACGAGUGGAGUGCCAACGGUAGCCCAGAAGAUGGGCUGGACGGGGACAACGAGGACAAGGCCAUCGACGGAGACGCCGAGGGAGUGUGGAGUCCAGAUAUCGAGCAGAGCUUCCAAGAGGCCCUCGCCAUCUACCCACCAUGUGGGAGAAGAAAAAUCAUCUUGUCAGAUGAGGGGAAGAUGUAUGGUCGAAAUGAACUGAUUGCCAGAUACAUCAAGCUGAGGACAGGAAAAACCCGCACGAGAAAACAGGUGUCUAGUCACAUACAGGUGUUAGCACGGAAGAAAGUUCGUGAAUACCAGGCGGGUAUCAAGGUUUCUAGCCACUUGCAGGUUCUCGCCCGAAGAAAAUCUCGCGAGAUCCAGUCAAAGCUAAAGGAUCAGGCAUCUAAAGACAAAGCCCUGCAGAACAUGGCCGCCCUGUCUUCAGCUCAGAUCGUCUCGCCACCUAUAAUGAAGAAUCACCUUCCACCACUUCCCCCGACCCCAUACCAGCCCCCCAGAUUCUGGCCUGCUCCAAUCUCAGGACAACCAGGACCCUCUCAGGAGCUGGUUCUAGAUCUCAACCAGGGACGGACUCCUGGGCUUGUCCGCACCAGCCAUGCUAUCAAGCCGUUUGCACAGCCGUACCAGAGCCUCUCGGGUCCAGUUCCACAGGCCAUACCAAGUUAUGAGCCUCUGGCGCCCCCUCAGGCACCAACCGCCACUGCAGUACCAGUGUGGCAGGACCGGACCAUCGCCUCCUCCAAACUGCGGAUGCUAGAGUACUCGGCCUUCAUGGAGGUUCAGCGAGACCCAGACACUUACAGCAAACACUUGUUCGUCCACAUUGGACAGACCAACCCGUCGUACAGCGACCCACUUCUGGAAGCCGUGGACAUCAGACAGAUCUACGACAAAUUCCCAGAGAAGAAGGGCGGCCUCAAGGAGCUGUAUGAGAAAGGCCCUCAGAACGCGUUUUUCCUGGUUAAAUUCUGGGCAGACCUGAACAGCAGUGGCAUGCAGGACGGUCCUGGUUCCUUCUAUGGCGUCACCAGUCAGUACAGUAGCGUGGAGAACAUGACCAUCACGGUCUCCACCAAGGUCUGUUCCUUUGGGAAGCAAGUGGUCGAGAAAGUGGAGACGGAGUACGCUCGACUUGAAGGAGGGAAGUGCGUUUACCGAAUCCACCGCUCACCGAUGUGCGAGUACAUGAUCAACUUUAUCCACAAACUCAAGCACCUGCCUGAAAAAUACAUGAUGAACAGUGUUCUUGAAAACUUCACCAUCCUUCAGGUGGUGACAAACCGCGACACCCAGGAGACCCUACUGUGUAUAGCAUUUGUGUUUGAGGUUUCCACGAGUGAGCAUGGAGCUCAGUACCACGUCUACAGACUUGUGAAAGACUAACAGAGCCUUGGGAAAAGCGUAAAAAGCGUGACACAAUCUAUCUUCAACCACCUAGGAAAAUCAAAAGUAGCAGUCAAAAUCGUUUGACAGAACCUACUUGGACACAAACACAAGCUGCGUAUGCAAGGAUAAAUGUGGACAUGCAAAGAAAUUCUGAAGAUUUUUUUUUAUUAAUUAUUAUUUCUCUUGGACAACCAGCGUAUAUACAUGUGUUUCAACAUGCUUUCGAUGAAAUGGGUUGAUGAUGGAGCUUGACAUGUUUGUUGAUGGGGAGAGGAUGUGUUUAGGGUUCGCAAGUAGAGCAAAGAGGUGUUGGUACGACUGUUGAAGAAUCGAGAACUGGACCACAGAAGAAGAAAUAAAGCAGCUGUCCCGUGUUUGUUAGGAAAAAAAUGCCUUUUUCUCCAAAGAUGAAAUUGUUGCCAUUUUUACUACCUCUUAUUUUUCAAGUGAACAGAAAAUAGUUUUGGAUUUGGAAACCUUUUGAUCACCAGCUGUUGUAUUUGGGCACACAGUCGGGUGACUACAUUGUACAGGGAGAAGGUUUUGUGUCACUAGAAUGCCUUUAUUGCGUGGCUAUUUUAUAAAUCAGGUCUGUCAAGCAUCUGACUUUGACACCAGGGAUGCCUUGUGCUGGUGCUUGGUUACCUGACUCUCUAAAGACGUGUGCUCGGCUGCACUGAAAAUAUCAAGAAGGGGUACUAAGCAACAGCGUAUUUUCUUCCUUGACCUUAUGUAGCCUUUAACAAAAACUUGUUUCUGUACUGUGAGGCAGCGGAUGCUAAAGGAAUAUGUGUUACAUAGGAGUAUUUCGGGGGACUUCAUGUUCAUAUUUGUGAUUAAAUUACAGCACAGAGACAAUAGUUGAAGAGGAGGGAAGUGAAUCACUGUUUCUUUUGUUUAAAAAAAGACAUGUAUGCUGUGAAGUCACAUCAUUUACUUCGUUCUUUUUCAUCCAUGGUGGGAAAUCCGAAUCCAAGUGUUUUAUAUCUGACACAUUAUUUUAUAUGUAUUACAAGUGAAAUAAUUAGACAGAGAGAGAGAAUUAUUGUCUCUGUGCUGUGGAGUAUGACCAUUGAUUGUUAUUUAUAGGGUAAGAAUCGAGUAUUGGGAGGGGAGGGACGGGCACUGGAGACAAACUCAUUUCCACUUUGAUGGAAAUUGCCUGUCGACACAGACAAAGAGUCUACUCUGUGUGGUUCACUGGACUGUUGUGCCUUUGGUGUUCAAAAUGCAGUUGCACCUGGCUCUGAUUAUCAUUUUUCACAGGCUACAUACAAUAAUAUCCAGCAGGUUUUUCUCCAACUAAACUUUUAUACAGAUAUAUUUUUUGCUGUCGCCAUUAUCAUGUUGUUUGUUUUGUUGACUCUCAGUGUUUGCCGAACGCUUCACUGAAAUUGUGUGAUUGUGCUAAAAACUAAUAAUGAGAUAUCUAUUGUAUCAUAUUAUGAAUGGUGUGGGCAGUUCUUUUUUUGGUUUAAGGUUGUUUACUAUUGUCUUUGUUUCCAUUGCGCAUUGUAAUUUUAUACUUCCAAGUAGAGGUUGGACUAUGUAAUCAAACAAUUGUAUUAACAAUAAAAGACACAUGGUUUUUGAGGUCAUGUUCCCCAUGCAAAUGUAUUAAAGUAUUUUUGUGAA